AAAAUUAUCACAUUUAAUCCCUUCGGACCGACGGGAAACAAUAUCGAUCCUAUAGGACCAGCACAUGCGCUCUAAGGGGGUUCUUUUUCAGUAUCCGCGUGUACGAGGGGUGAAAACACAUCGAGCUCUCGUCCGAGAAAUAUCAUUGAAUAUGAAUAGUCGAUUCUCGUAUCUGUAAUAGACUAUUUUAACGUAAAUAAUAAAACAAAUAGCGUAAUAGUGUAAUUCUGAUUUGAAGAAAAUGAGUCCUGGGCUGGGUCACGAUCCCUUACCGUCGUACAACGGCACUUCUGGAACCCCGCGCUUUGCUUGUGGCAACAGCCUCAACACAUUUUAUUCCAGUUGGCAAAUUUUUGCUUUGCACUGUCAUACUCAGCGCCAUCCUCGAAAAAGGGGAUUUUGUUCAUGCAUUCAGUGCUAAUUAUAGGUUUUAUGUUGCUGUCAGGAUGGGCUUGGCACGUAAUCUGCGCACCAGAUAUCUUCUCCUGGAACUUCAGUUUCUUAUUGCUCAAUAUCGGUCAAUUAGUAUAUAUCGUUUAUCAAAUGAGACCCAUCAGAUUUGAUCCCGAAUUGGAAGAAGCUUAUCACACGCUCUUUUAUCCAUUCAAAGUCUCACGAAUACAAUUCAAACGAUUGGUAUCCCCAGAAUUUGCGACGAUAACGUCUCUUCAUGCCGGCGAGGCGUACGCGAUGCAAAAUCUAACAAGAACAGACAGAUUAGGUUUAUUGCUCACUGGGAAAGUCAACGUUUUAAACGAAACCAAUUUUCUGCAUCCAAUACUGCCUUGUGAAUUUUUAGAUUCACCGGAAUUUGAAAGCUCCCGAGCUUCCGUUGACGAUAAAUUUAAGGUAUCCAUCGUUGCGGCGAGUUCCUGCAGGUAUUUAUAUUGGCAGCGAUCAGCCUUGGAAUAUCUGCUUGUAAAGGAAACUUAUCUUGCAACCGUUUUAACUACGCUAGUGGCAAGAGACAUCGCAACAAAGCUGUACGCAAUGAAUAAUAAGAUAAUUACGGAUAAAGGAUCACAUUUGGACAUUCGUCUUCCUUCUAUCAGUGCCGGUUUAGGAGUAAGCGUUGGCAGCUCAAAGUCCAAAGAACGUACGGCGAACAACUUAACGAAGAAGGCCGCGCCUAUGGAGCCUCUUCCGGAGUUACCAUCAUGUGACGAUCUAGCUUCCAGCGGUGUGGAGAGCUGGUUGGAUUCCUCUAGCAAGUAUCACAGCUGCGAAAUUGUCGACGAGGAAUAGCAUUACGCCAAUUAUUCGAAUUACGAAAAUUUGAUGGAUGACGCCGAUGACGGCGAGAACGAUAUACAGGCCUUUGACUAUAAAAACGCGGAAAGUUGGCCGUCAUAUGAUGACUAGCAAUAAAAAAGGGGGCGCACAUUUUUUUACUUUCGUUUAAUACAUUUAUAUCUUUUAAUUUGCCAAAACGAAGUUAUCAAUUUUUAAUGUUAAAUUAUUUCGUAAUUAGCCUUUGAAUUUUAUUAGAGAACAAUGAAAAAAAAAACAGUUAAAAACUUAAAGGGUUACAUUCCUACUGAUCGCAAUAUUGUAUAUAUAGAUUAUAUAGAUGUGUUGUAGAUUUGUUGCCUAGCAACGAAAAUUCGCAACGAAAACAUCUUUCGAAGAAUAGAUAUAUAUAUAUAUAUAUAAAAUGUAAAUUUACUACUAUAUAUGUACAUAUGUGUAAAUAUUAAAUUUAACAACGCUCUCAAAGAACAAAAGAUCUUAGUCCGCGAAAAAAUAGUGAUUACGAAAGUAUUCUAAUCGAGUUUUGAAAAAAAGAAAACAAAUGUUACAUAAAUCUAGCAUUUAUAAGUAAAUACAUAAUAUAAAUGCGCGCCUAUAAGUUUUUGUAAAUAUUGAGAUCAGUCAAAAGAUUGAUCUAAUUGUUAACAAAUAUCUAGAAUUUCUUACCAAAAAGAUUUUUACUAAAAAUGUAAAAAAAUACCCACAUUUAGUCAAAUUUAGAAAACUUAUUUAUAAUAAAAUAAAUAAAAUAUGUUGAUAAAUACAAUAUUGAGAAAAUGCAGACAGAAUGCUUUUCUCA